AUGCCUGAGUACUUCAGUCCCAAGAGCCUACAGCCGGAAUACGGCUUUUUAUACGCCCUGGCACAUAGCGUUUACUCUUGUAACUGGGAGGUUCCCUAUGAGGAGUUGAAUCUCAGCAAUAAUAAUUUAGACGUCGUGCUGGAUGCCGUUGCCAAGCUGGACAUUAUCCCACCAGAGGCAGAAGGAGAUUUAACCAACCGACCAGCAAGCGUUGUUGACAACACCGAAUCCGCUGUCCACAUCUUCAUCAAGAACGCUAUCCAUAUCAAGCUGCUUAAGCAGACUGUUGGACCUACACGAGCGCGAGAGGUCCAAGAGCUCCUCGCCAAGUACAAUGCCCUCGCUGCCAAGCAUGGGGCUGAGAUCCUCCGCCGCAACGAUGCUCCUGCCGCCGCCCGCCACGUUUUGUGGCGGUGUCUGAGCCUAAGGGACAACGAACUCGCUGCUCGAACCCUAAGAUUUGUCUACCGCGCCCGCACUCGCUUGCCUGUCACGUUUUGUGAUGUUGUCUGCUCCCGCUGCCCCCGUUGA